GAAUUAUUGGUGUAAAAAAGUGUAGCUUUUUAAAUAAAUUAUUCUUAACCUUUUCUGAUCGUGGUGGAUGAAUUGCCAUUGGCCUAUAUAUUGUUCAUUUCACUACUAUAUUUUAAUAUGAUUUAUCCAGGACAUGCGAAAAUGGAGGAUUAUUACAUACCAUGGAUUGUUAGUUUAGAGAAGGAAUUGAAAACUGGGAAUUUCAAAGGAACAAGGCAGCUCAAAAUAUGGCAACAACUUACGAUGAGAAGGUCGCGCAUAUGAAAGAAAGACUAUCUGCAGAGCUUGGAAAGCGUAAAAGACUGAGAGAAUCAGAACUGUUUGUUCUUGAUAAUUCACUUCGUGAGAGUACAGUUCUUCAGCUGCGACCUCAAACUCUGGAAAAUAAAUGGAAGAUAUACGAGGAGGUCAAAAAAGUUGGUUUCCAACACAUUAUUGUGGCUUCUUUCGCCCACAAGACUCGCAUUGCAGACGAAUUUUGCAUUUCACUUAAAGAGGCAGGAGAAGAUUUCAGUAAAUUUUACGCUUUCAGUGAGUUUGUUGAAUCGAUCGACAAAGAUAGAGUUCCUAACGUUGAGAAACUUCCAAUUGGCUUGGUGAGAAUGAAGGAGUUGGGAAUCCGCCAUGCGAUCAUUGAAUUUGAUCUCGUUUACAAAGGAAUCGACUAUACAAAGUUUACUGUCGAAGAUAUUUGCAGCCUGAUGAAAAUGAGAAUGGAAUGGUGUCGUUCAGAAUUGGCGGAGAAUUCCAAUGUUAUAUUCAACUUCCGUGAUUUCGCAGACGCCAUGAGAUUAAACCCCAAACGUGUUUUGAAAGUGGUCAAAUUCUUAUCUUCCCUGCCCGAAGACGAGCGUCCCUUUGCUCUUCUAUAUGAAGAGUCUGGCAAGAAUCUUCCAGAAGAACUCGGUGUUUGGACAGCCACCAUCCGACAAGUGAUGGACGACAAUGGGUGGACAGAAAACGCGGAGAAGAAAGGUCAUUUGUUGGUCCACGUUCAUGAGAAAUGGGGUUUCUCUAAUACAACUCAAAUGGAAUGCAUUAUGAAUGGCGCAACUGGAAUCUGGGCUAGUAUUUGUGAGGAGUCAGCAUCGACGGGUCACGCGUGCUCUACGCUUACAUUGAUGAAUAUGAUCCGAAUGGGAAACAAAAAGGUCCUCAACCAAUAUAAGGGUUGUGCAAAACUCCGUGAAGCCGCUCAGAAUGUCACCCUUUUUACCACUGGUUUACCACCGCACCGAAAGCAGGCAAUCUACGGGGAGCGAGCUCUAGACGUGGCAUUUGGUAUAUCUAACUUCUCACCUGACGAGGAGGAAUUCUCGAUGGCCGAAUUCUUUGGUGAAAAGCCGGUGGUGAGAGUGACAACUCUGUCCACUCCACAAAUGGUUGUUGAUCGUCUAACUCAUCUUUUCGGUGAACAUCCAAACUUUACAGUGGAAAUGGGAGAAGCCAUGUUGGAAAAGAUGCUCGAAGAUCUUCAAGACGGCAGAAAAGAAGAGUACAUGAGCAAAGUCGGCCUCGCCAUUCUGUUUGAUCGUUCUGGUGGUGAACUCACUGCUGCGAUGAGGGAUGUUAUCGUUGAAGAAAAGCCGAAUAGCCAGCGCGCUAAAGAAUUGCUUGGUGAUAUUCGCAAGAUGUGGGAUAAAUGGGAUCUUCGAGAUAAUGAAGUACAAGGGGACGACAAGCUAGAAUUUGAUUCCUUUUACAAUGGCUUCAUGGCACCGUACUUUGACUAUUAUAGACGUGACGAGUCAAAACGUGCGUUGAAAGCUAUUGAUAUGAAUGAAGAUGACCCGGUGGAUUGGAACGAGUUUGCAUUGUACCUCAAAUGGGCUGCUCGAGAAUACCCGAAUGCCAACGACGCAGAAGAUUUGCUGUCGAUUGCAUUUCGCAAAGGACUCAUUCCCGCAAUGCAGGAUGUUUUCCUGAGUAUCUUUAAUAUAUAGGUACUGUCAGAAGCAAGUAAGAUCAACAUUAAAAUGAAGCGUUUGUAUUUUACUCAUUACUCAAUUGUUUGAAUAAUAAUACCAUGUCAUUAUGACUUUGUACAUUAUAACGUAUUAUUUUUAUAACGUUGAUUUGUUAAUAACGAGAAGAGUUGGUGUCGAUUGCAUUUCGCAAAGGUCUCAUUCCCGUAAUGCAGGAUGUUGUCCUGGCUCAAGAUUCCUAAUAAGAGUACUUUGUUUUAUCUUAUAACAUAGUUUGACAUAUAGCUUAUGUCAGAAGCAAGUAAGAAGAACAUUAGAUGGAACUCUAGAUU